AUGCUGGUCACACCAGCAUCUUUGCUUUUAGGUCGAACGCGGACGCUCUCUGAAGGCACCGCGACCUCGAUGGACUCGGAGUUUGAGGAUGAGAGCUUAGCUCUCUCUGACAACAGCAAGGCUUCCAGGAUGAAGAGGAAGUCCCGAGAAUCACCACCGGCGGACACCAAGGACCCGAAGAAGAAGAAGAAAGAUGAGGUGAAGGUCGCUCAUGCCCAGAGCAAAAAGGAGGAUCUACCUGCAAAGUCUUUGAACUGGGAGCAGGUCAAGACCAAAAAGAAGAGGCAGCUGCAGCCGCCAGAAAAGCCUCAGAAGAAGGAGGUGAAAAAGAAGAAACAGAGGGUACUGGUCACAAGGCCAAAUGCGCUGAUCGUACGCAUGAAGGACAAGCAGCAGUACUCGGAGGUACUCAAACGAGUGAAGCAGCAGAUACCUUCCGAACAGGCUCGUGACUGCGUUGACAAAAUCCGCAGAACGACCACAGGAGAUAUGCUGAUCAUCCUCUCAAAGGAUAAGGAGAACGAAUCUGAUAGCCUCCACAAGGCGAUAGCCGAGCUCCUUGGAGACGAGGCUGAUGUCCUCAGUAAAGGACCACAGGAGGAACUUGAGAUUAAGGAUCUCGACGAGCUGACGACGAAGGAAGAGGUGCUUGAAGCCCUGAGACUCACAGCCGGGGUAGAUUGUCAAAUUUCCCCGGAUGCCAUCAGGUCUUUGCGCAAGGCCUACGGAGGUACCCAGACUGCUUCAGUGAUACUGGCCGCAGCCGUCGCGAAGAAAGUCCUAGGCGAUCGAGGCAAGAUCCGUAUAGGAUGGGUGAACUGCCGGAUCAGACGGGUGGAGAGAGUGAUCAAGUGCUUCAAGUACUGGCACUAUGGGCAUCUCGCCAUCAAAUGUAGGAGUCAAGUGGACAGAGCAAAGCUCUGUACAAAAUGUGGGGAAGAUGGACACAAAGCUGCUGGCUGUGAAAAAGCAGCCCUUUGUGCCUUAUGCACUGAGAGAGAUCCAUCGAAGGACUGUGCCCAUAUUGCUGGUAGCAGCAGAUGCCCUGUCUUCAGGGAGGCACAUCAGAAGGUGAAUAAGAAACAGUAA